GCCACGCAGUUCAAGAGCUCAGUUAGAAAUCUCGAUAGAAACGAUGGACGCUGUGGUCCCCUCCGCUAAGCAGACGACGGCCCCAACGCUGUUCCGUCGCAACCGCAUCCGCGUCAAGGAGCUUCUGGGCAGCGGCCUGGAGCACGAGGGAAAGACGGUGACCGUCAAGGGUUGGGCCAAGACGCUGCGUGAGGCUGGCGCCGGUGCCUUCGCCUUCCUAGAGCUAAACGACGGCUCGUGCUUCGCCGGCGUGCAGUGCGUCAUCAACAAGGAGGAGACCGAGGGAUUCGCUGAUGCCAUCGCGUCAGGCGGUGUCGGUGCCAGCUUCAGCGUGGAAGGUGUUGUAGUCAAGUCCCCCGCGAAGGGCCAAGAAGUCGAGAUUAAGGCCUCUAAGGUUACGGUUUACGGUGGUAUUCCCGACAGUGCCACGUACCCCAUGAGUAAGAAACGUCACACGCUCGAACAUCUGCGUGCCCACGCGCAUCUGCGUCCACGCUCCAACAUCCACGGCGCCGCCAUGCGCGUCCGCAACGCCAUGGCCUUCGCCACGCACGAAUUCUUCAACCAGCGCGGCUUCCUGUACAUCCACACGCCGAUCAUCACCGAGUCGGACUGCGAAGGUGCCGGCGAGAUGUUCAGCGUCUCGACGUUGCUCAGCCAGCACCCGGACGGCAAACUACCGCUCACUAAGGAGAACAAAGUGGACUACACCAAGGACUUCUUCGACCGUCCGUCCUACCUCAGUGUGUCGGGCCAACUUAACGUGGAGACCCACUGCUGCGCCCUAUCGGACGUGUACACGUUCGGCCCCACGUUCCGCGCCGAGAACUCGAACACGUCGCGUCAUCUGGCCGAGUUCUGGAUGAUUGAGCCCGAGAUCGCGUUUGCCGACCUCAAGGACGACAUUGACCUGGCUGAGGACUAUCUCAAGUUCUGUGUGCAAUACGCACUGGACCACUGCACGGAGGACCUGGAAUUCUUCAACAAGAACGUCGAGAAGGGCCUGCUGGAGCGUCUGGCAGCUACUGUGGAGUCCCCGUUCGUGCGUAUCUCGUACACGGACGCCGUGGAGCUGCUACUGAAGCCAGAACACUUGAAGAAGGGCAAGUUCUCGGUCAAGCCGGUGUGGGGCACGGACUUUGGCUCAGAGCACGAGCGUUAUCUGACCGAGACGGUCUACAAGAAGCCCGUGGUGAUCUACGACUACCCCAAGGAGUUCAAGAGCUUCUACAUGCGUCUGAACGACGACGGCAAGACGGUGGCGGCUGCGGAUGUGUUGGUGCCGAAUGUGGGCGAGAUCAUUGGCGGAUCGGCGCGUGAGGAGCGUCUGGAUGUGCUGGAGGCUCGGAUCAGGGAGUCUGGAGCUAACCCAGAGGACUACAAGUGGUACGUGGAGCUGCGUAAGUACGGCACGGUUCCCCACGCCGGCUUCGGUCUGGGCUUUGAGCGCCUUAUUCGCUACGUGACUGGCAUUGAGAACAUCCGUGACGUGAUCCCGUUCCCAAGAUGGCCGGGCAACGCCUCGUUCUAA